AUGAGCGCCCUCCUAGAGCACAAGGAACAGCAGGAGAGGCUGCGAGAGGCCGCGGCCUUAGGGGACAUUCGGGAGGUACAGAAACUGGUGGAGAGCGGGGUGGAUGUGAACUCCCAAAAUGAGGUCAACGGCUGGACCUGCUUACACUGGGCCUGUAAACGCAAUCACGGCCAAGUGGUUUCUUACCUGUUGCAAUCAGGAGCCGACAAAGAGAUUCUUACCACAAAAGGAGAAAUGCCAGCCCAGUUGACAUCAAGGAGAGAAAUCCUGAAGAUCAUGGGAGUGGAAGAUGACGAUGAGGAUGAGGACAGCCUCCACCCGCUGAAGAAAGAGUCAGAACUGCCCUUUGUUCCCAACUAUUUGGCCAACCCAGCCUUCCCUUUUAUAUACACCAUGGAAGCAGAGGAUUCAGGCCAGCUGCAGAAUGGGGGCCCCUCCACACCUCCUAUGUCACCACCUGCAGAUGGCACGCCCCCAUUGCUCUCUGCUGGGGAACCGCCCCUGUUAGGGAACUUUCCGAGGGACCACACGUCUUUGGCACUGGUUCAGAAUGGUGAUGUAUCUGCCUCUUCUGCCAUACUCAGAACACCAGAAAGCACAAAACCGGGUCCUGUUUGUCAGCCACCCAUGAAUCAGAGCCGUUCCCUGUUCUCUUCUGUCCCGGCCAAGCCACCCGUGUCUCUGGAGCCUCAAAAUGGGACGUAUGCAGGACCAGCGCCAGCAUUGCAGCCAUUUUUCUUCACUGGAACAUUUCCAUUUAAUGUGCAAGAGCUGGUCCUCAAGGUGAGAAUUCAGAACCCAUCUCUUCGAGAAAAUGAUUUCAUUGAGAUUGAACUGGACCGACAGGAGCUCACCUACCAAGAGUUGCUCAGAGUGAGUUGCUGUGAGCUGGGUGUUAACCCAGAUCAAGUGGAGAAGAUCCGAAAGUUACCCAAUACUCUGCUAAGAAAGGACAAGGAUGUUGCCCGACUGCAGGAUUUCCAAGAGCUGGAGCUGGUUCUGCUGAUAAGUGACAGGGAUUUCCUCUUCCGAAAUGCUGCUUCCACACUGCCUGAAAGGCCGUGCUACAACAGGCGUGCUUCCAAACUGACUUACUGA